AUGCCGGUCACACCGCAGUCAUCCAUAGGUGGCCAAAAGCGAGCAAACGACAUGGUGAAACUCAAAGUGCCCACUGAAGGCGAAAAAGGUCACCUUGGUUCGACCAUCCAGAGUGAACAGGAGUUCUCCCAAUUAUAUCAGAUAUUUGCUGAAGAGAUUCUUGGCUCUGGCCAAUUUGGUACCGUUUAUGGUGGAAUUCAUCGGAAAUCCGGCAGGCACGUUGCGGUUAAACUCAUCGACAAACUGAAGUUCCCUCCUAACAAGGAGGAUUUGUUACGUACUGAAGUAAAUAUACUGCAGAAAGUACACCAUCCUGGCGUUGUCGAUUUCCAGCAGAUGUUGGAAACUCCGGAUCGGAUUUUCGUAGUUAUGGAGAAGUUAAAGGGAGACAUGUUGGAGAUGAUAUUGUCGAGCGAGAAAGGGCGGCUGAGUGAACGUAUUACGCAGUUUCUGGUUGCACAGGGAGACAUGUUGGAGAUGAUAUUGUCGAGCGAGAAAGGGCGACUGAGUGAACGUAUUACGCAGUUUCUAGUUGCACAGAUUCUUGUCGCUCUACGCUAUCUUCACAAUCAGAACAUCGUCCACUGUGAUUUGAAACCAGAAAAUAUUCUCCUCACUUCAAACUCCGACUUUCCACAGGUGAAGUUAUGCGACUUUGGUUUUGCCCGAAUCAUCGGUGAGAAGUCGUUUCGAAGAUCGGUAGUAGGUACUCCAGCCUAUCUAGCUCCAGAAGUGUUGCGGAACAAAGGCUUCAACCGGUCUCUCGACAUGUGGAGUGUUGGCGUCAUAGUCUAUGUUAGCCUUUCUGGGACAUUCCCCUUCAAUGAAGACGAGGAUAUCCACGAUCAAAUACAAAAUGCUGAGUUCAUGUAUCCACCGAAUCCUUGGAAGGAGAUUGGCGACUCAGCUAUCGAAUUCAUAAAUGGGCUGCUACAGGUGAAAAUGAACAAGCGGUUUACGGUGUCCAAAGCGCUCUCUCACAUCUGGAUGCAGGGUUAUGACUUGUGGUCAGAUCUUCGUUUGUUGGAAAAGGCCGUUGGAGAACGUUUCCUGACCCACGAAAGUGAUGAUGCACGAUGGACUGAGUUCGAGAAAAGUCACAACCUCACUCCGGUAUACGUGUGA